AUGGUCAACGCUGAAUCUAGAGCAAUUCGGGCUAACAGAAGAGCUAACGGAAACAACACCCAGUCUACCAGCACAGGUGCAAACGCAUCUUCAAUCGAUGGGGAAGAUCUCCCACCAGAUGGUGAAACCGACGUCGGCGAAGAUUCAGAUUCAAACGGAAGACCUAGAGACCAACCUCUGACUAACUCGGCAGUAAACGGUCAACAGACAGGCAACACACAAAGUCACGCUGAUCCGAACAACGCUUUGCAUCGCGCUAAGAAAAAGAAAGCAGCCAAGCAGAAGAAAUCGAAAUCCAAGAAAACAUCAAAAGGGAAAGAGAAGACCAAAAAGUCGAAGAACAAGAGAGGCAAGAAUAAGAAAGAUAAGAAGAAAUCUUCGAAAAAGUCAAAGAGUAAAGGUGUAAUAGAAAUUGACAUAGGAUCAGUACCAACUGGUGACCUCGUACCUUUGCAGCCUUACUGGGGAGAUCAGAUGUCAGAUCUUAAUACAUCAAUCCCCCUGACAGUUUUCGAUCAAAACUUCGCUAGAGCAGACAAGGACGAACAUAACCGUAACCAUCACUCCUCAUCCUCCAAGAAUAAGACGAACAAAGGCUUUGACGCACCUUCACAGUAUCGUUUAACUUUCGGCGAAUGGUCCGAAAACAUGAGUCUGUUCCGACGAUACCUCUCUGGCUACUACAAUCAGAAACCCCUAGCCAAACGAUUGAAACUGCACAUCAAGAAUGUGAAGGCAAUCAAACGAUCCACCGAGUGUUGGAUGACAGCACUACGCUACGACAUUCUCUGUAGAGCACAAAUCUUCGUCAAACGAGAAGGAAAAACCAGGAUGAAAGAUAUCGGAUCCCGGGUGUUACAGUACGAGAACCAAGCGAAAGAUAAAUCCCUCCGUGCCGGCAAAGCUAACUGCGGUGACAUCAACCCAUACGCAAGAGGCGGCAGGUUUGAAAAUCGUAACCCAGAGACAGGCCUCUACGAAAACACCACCCAUCAACAAUCAUCCGGCACUGGAGGCCACGCAGGAUCUAAUCCAGAAUCUCAGUCUCUAAAGAGAAAACGGGGUCGACGUGGUGGCCACAACACGACCCAACAACCAACAUCUCGACAAGCUCCCUCCCAGAAUGCACCACGACCAGUACAACACGUACUUCCACCCAACCCGACGUUGUAUCCAAAUCAACACCCUUUACCCCCCCCAGCUCCUAUGGCAGCCAACAGAUUUCCAAACAGGGGAGGUAGAGGAGGUUGGCGCGGAGGAAGAGGAGGUUUUCAUAACCCUAGAAACAACACGUAA